AGCGGCAAGCGGCGCGCGCUCGGCGCGGGAGGGAGGGAGGCGCUCGCGCCGUUCCCGCCCUCGCCCGCCCGCCCGUCCCCUCACGGCGUGAGGCGUGAGGGAGGAUAAGAUGGUGGCGGGUAGCGCCCAGCCUCCGGCCGUUCGGCCUGACGGGGCUUCCCGGGCAGAGGCUAAGUCUGUCCUUAAGAAUCUAAGUUUCUGCUUGCACGGCAAUGCUGCAUACUUCAGAGAAGAGAACUUGUAUACUGGUAACAAGGACAUGGUCAAACAAAGUGCCACCACUGGUCAUUACGAGCCACAGAACAAAAAAACCUCAACACCUGAAGAGAAGGCUACAUUACAAAUGGAGCAGCUUUCACUGUGUCAGUGCAGGAGAGUAAUCCUCUAUUCAUGGAAGUCAGCAGUUCCUCAUUCAGUCUGGCUUUGACUGCCUCUUGUCAAAGGCAUUUGUGAGACUUACCAAAGUCUUCUGAAGAGCAACUGCUGGAAGUUACCAUGGACAAAACCCAUCUUUGGUUAUAUGAAAUGAAUGUAUUUAGAUGCUAGUGUUCAAAACAAACAAAAGAAAUGGCCCAGUAGCCCAUGAGUGUUCUUAAUGAAGGGAUGCGUAUGCCUGUGACAUGUGCAUUUCCAGUCACAUAGGCUAGAAGAUUCUGAGCUUGUGAACGUGACACGCAAACACCUACAAUGUGAAAUCUGUAGAGAAUUCCUAUUAUUGCAUAGUAAAUAGCAAGAAAUAAAAAAUGGACACUCAAUUAUUUUCCCCGUUAUUAGGAGCAAUUACUAGUACGCCACCUCCGCUAGAAUCUUCCCGUCUGUAUAGUGACUGGUCAGCAUGUGGAGAAGAUAUUAACUCAAAAACUUCUUUUCAAGACUGCACAAAGAAACGGGCACCAAUAAAUCUUUCUUAUUCUGGCAAUGGCCCUGAUAUGUUUGGGCUAGUGUCAAGCAUUUUAGAGGAGCCAAGCAAGCCAGAACCAGUUACGGAUUGGAAUUCUCUUUCAAGAUUGUUUCCACCAAUGUGGGCACCUGAUCUUGGAAGCAGUGGUGAAUUCUCAGGGCUCUCAUCUAAGCACUCUGUUGAAAGUAAGGAUUUUUCAAACCUGACAGGCACACAGAACUACUAUCAGGAACACUUGCAAAAGUCUCAUGAUGUGGAGAUGUUACACAGAGGUUUGGAAGAUCUUCAUCUCAUAGAGUCUUGGCUUUCUCCAUCCGGCCCUUGCACUCAGCCUGAUAAUAUUCUGAAGACCAGUUAUCCUGAAAAUUCCUCUUUGCAAAAUAAUAAUACAAUUCACCAAGAAGGGUUUUCAUUUCAAAAUGUAGACUAUAAUCAGCAUUUGUGCAGUUAUGACCACAUGAGGUUAAAUGGAGACUAUGAAAAAAUUGGUUCCAAUUUUAGCACUUUUUCUUCUCAGAACAGAAUGAAAGAAGGCACUAGCAUUCAGAAAGAGUAUUGGAAAACUGAAAGAACAAGAGGCAAAGCUCUGAAAAAUGAUGCUCAAGAACAAACUAAGUAUUCCCCUGAUCUUUCCAAUCAGCCUGUUGAUGACUCUUGGGAUAAAGUAUCCCAGGACAACCACUUGUUUUCUAAAAGAUAUGAAAGCUUUACAGCUGCUCAUAAAUUGCAGUCAUCUGUUCAUCCAUCACUAUAUUUUUUCAAUCAACCCCCUAAAGAUAAUAAUUUUUGUGGAGGGGCAAACAGAAAACCACAGGAAACCCAUGUACAAAAUGGUCAUCAUAGCUUUACUUUGGGGGAUGCUUUUAAUAAUAAUGAAUGUAAGAUCCAUAUUAGUCCUAAAGAAUGCUCUCAUAAAGUAGCUGAAUAUGAUUUAUCUGCAAAAAAUGUUACGCAAAAUGGGAGUUACUCAUCGUACCAUGGAUGUACGUGGCUGGAUGGGAAAACGGCAAGUCCAACAGCUGCAUCAGAUAUCACGUAUGGAAAGCAAGUGGUAACAAGUCCACAGUCAUCUUCAGGGGUUUCAACCAUGUCCGCUGGCUCUCCCACCCAUCAGUCUAUAACACAGUCCUCUUACUAUUCACCGAUCUUACCUGUCCUCCCUUCAAGGAAAGGUGGACGGUUACAAAUAUCAAACGGUGCUUCUAAUAAUUUGGGAGUUUCUAAUUUUAUCUCAGAAAAUCAGAAGCAAAUGAAACCCAUUGGACGAUCACAGCAUGAUUCAUUGACUAAUAAGGAGGGGCAAUACCGUAAAUUCCCCAUUCAUUUUUCAUCUGACUGGUUAAAGCAACAGAAUGCUGUAAGUGAAGACCCUGAAAAAUACCACAGAUUUCCAAAAAAGCAGACCCAAGAAAGUAGUAAUAAAGAUGAUAGGAGAGGCAGAAGGAAUUGGAUUCCUCAUUUUGGGUAUACAACCUCAAACCGUCAGCAGUUCAAUAUGUUCCGAAAAAAGCAUGAACAAAAUGGUGGUAGUGUGUCAGAUUUCAUCAAUCCUUCUUUUCUUCCUUCUUUCCCACUAAUGUCUGAUUUUAAGCAAAAUCCCAGCUUUCCUCCAUUUAAUCACCAUCUCUUUUCAUCAGCAAAUAAUUUCAGUUUUCCUCCGUCACCAUUUCCAUUCUCAGAACUUGUUGAUCUUUUUCAUUAUGAUGACUUUAACCACUUGAAUCCCUUCAUCAACGACCUGUUUUGUGGGGAAAUAGCUGCACCAUACUUUGCUUUUCCAACACCAUUUAACAAAUACAGACCUCCAAGAAAUCGCAGUGGACCUGCUAAUGAGCUUCAUAUCCAACUGGAGGAGUGUUAUGAGCAAUGGAGAGCUUUGGAGAAAGAGAGAAAGAAGACCGAGGCUGACCUUGCAAGAAACUUUCCAGGAAAGCGCAUAUCUAGCUCAAAUAACACUCCUGUGUCCCGACUUCCUGCUAACCCAUCACGAGUUGAUCGUUUGAUUGUUGACCAGUUACGAGAACAAGCCAGGGUGCUCACAUUAAUAGGAAAAAUGGAAAGGCUUCGUGGUACCCCUGUACACGGUAACAUAUCCACUACAUUGGAACACCAUAUGGAAGCCAUUCACGUAACACAGGCAAGGCGUAAGGAUGAGAUUAUUAAUGCUGCUAAUCCACAGAGACAAGGAGCACCACGUUAUAAUAAUGAGAAAGAUGUUCUGGCUCUGGCAGCUGCCAUUAGAGAAUUGGCUGCUUCCACACGCAAGGCUCGUACCGCUUUAUGGUGUGCGUUACAGAUGACUUUGCCAAAAAACGCUUCAAGCGGUCCAGUAAAACAAGAAGUUGUUGAAAGGGCGUUGCAAGAGCUUUGUCCUCCAAACAGAAGCACACAAGAAAAAAGCAGCAUGGAGCAUGAAAACAAAGGAAGCAAAAAAGAAAAACUUGAGGAACCCAUGAGGAUUCUGGAAUAAUAGCAAAUAAUAAUAAUAACAAGAACAACAAAAGGGAGGCAGAAGGCUGAGGAUGGGGAGGGAAGGGCAAAGUGUCCUGGAGAGUACCAUGGGAGGUGUUUUUGAUAGGUUAUAAAAAAGCAAAAGGGUUAACAUAACUGAUCAGUGCUGCAAUUCUAUUACUGUGAUUCUGGUGUUGAGAGACACAUCUUGUAAUAGUGUUAAUGCAAUUUUAAUAUUGCUAGUAUUGCAAUGUCUGCUACAUAAGAAUUUUAUUAUUAAGAGGAACUAAACAGUAGCUGAGCAUUUCCUUGUGUGCUUAUCCAAAGCUAUGUAUCAGCUGUGAGUCAAGCCAUGACCUGAGAAACCAGAGUGUGGUAGAACUUAAUUCUCCUUUCUUUGUUAAUGAUGCAAUUUAGCAUACUUAUGAAAUACCUUUCAAAUGGAUUUUUUUUUAAAUUGUUAAGGGUUUUUUUGCACCAUUAUAUAGUUCUUUUAAGUGCCAAAGUGAUCACUAAGUAGUUUGCAUCCCAUCACUCUGUACAGAGCGAUCCACACUCCUGUAUUGUUUUUGUGACAAGGAGUCAGGUUGUUCAGGUUAUUGCUAACAGUUUGACAAGAAUUGGUUAAUGUUGGUUGUGUGAGAUGCUUCAGCAAUUGUGCUGCCAAUUCAGUUUCUAGCUAAACCAAGGUAAACCAAGCUUUUCUAUAGCAUAGUUGAUUUAAAAUUUUCCAUUUAAAAAAAAAAAAAAAAAGGAUUUUGUAGAUUUGCAGUAAGUACUGCAUUGAAGUACACAUUAGCAGGUGAUAUAAAGUUGUCACUCAGGAUUAGAAAUUAGAUUUAUUGAUUCCUCAGUGGGUUAAAAAACAGUAACUAUAUAACAUAGUAUGCACUUAAUUAAAAAAUUAUUGUUUGUUAUUAAUGUAAGUUCAUGGUACUAUAAUUUUCAGAAACAUUCCAUAUUUAUUUUAAUGUGUUUAUUGAAUGUUUAUUUAAAAUUCUAUUUUAGUAAUACAAAGUUGGAUAUUUUGCCAAAUCUUCCGAAUAAGCAGAUUUAACGAUUUACUCAGGAAAUAUGUAUAUUAUUAUAUAAAUAUACACAUGGUAUAUAGGGAUUUUUUGGGGGGAAGGGAUGUUUGCAAAAUAUUUACACAAAGCUAACUAUAUACUAGGUUACCAAAGCUGUUUAACUGAUUAAUUUUUUGCAUGGAAGAUUUAAUAUAUUUAAUUGCUGUUAAUUAGUCUCCAUUCUGUGGCCUAGACAAUCAGAAGUGUUAUGUAUCGGUGUGAAUGUUCAGGGUGAGAAUUAGAAAAGAAUGAGUAAUUCAAGUUUUGUUCUUAGGGCACUUAUAAAUAUUUUAAUGCUUUAACAGCUGUCUUACUGUUACACAAUCUCUUAACAUGUACUAAUAACAAACUAAGAUUCUUAGGUAUCAGUAUAUAACGAAUGGCUUUGGCGAGCAGUUCUUAUUUUAAAAGUGAAUUAAGUUGGGGAUAUAAGCAAAGUUUGAAAGACAAAAAUGAAGAUUUUUAUGUUCCAUGGUGUUUGAUGUUGAAUUUGACAUUUUGUGGAUAAAUAUAUAAUUGUUUCCAUAUAUAUAUGUACUUGCAAAAUGUUCCAAAUGCAGUUCUGUAGUUUUGGAUCUGUGGAUGUUUCUAGAGCAGAUGUAGUCUCAAUAGUACCAUCGUUAACUGUAAUGAGGCAGUAGCUACAUAACUUUGUUGAAAAAAGUUGCACAAGCCUCAUUGUAAUCCACUGAAUAAAGUUUAAAAACAAGAGUCGAUAGAAAUCAGAAUCUUAGUAUAGCAAGAUUAUGGUUUUUUUUCCCUAAAGAAAGUGAAUUCAACUUAAAAGAAUAUUUUCAGCCUUAGCCUAAAAAACAGGUAGUGGAGAGAGUUACUAUAGUGUGAGUGUUUUCUCUGUGUGCAUGUGCAAUUUAUUUGCACAAACUAAUUUAAGAAGGUUAAAUUUGUGUUUGUGAAACUAAUUAACUAUACUCCAUGGUUUUAAAAGUGGAGUUUACAGUAUUUCAGUUAAUGAAUAGUUUUGGGUUUUAGUUACGAUUACUGUGUUGACAAGAAAUCAGAAUUUGAAAGUCUUGAUCAGCUUUUCUGUUUACAGAACAAUUGUAGUCCUGCAGGAUUGUUUUGUAGUGGUGAAUGUAUAGGGCAUAGUAGGUCCUUAUUGUAUUGCUCGUGUGUUAAUUAUUAUUGUGAAGGAAUGUGGUCUUAAUUGGUUCAUAAUAUAGUUAAUGUGCCUUUAACAGUCUCAUUUUUCAAAAAUGGUAAAUAGCUGUAUGCUCACUUCUGUUUUCAUUGGCAGUUUAAAAAUGCAUUUAAAAAGGGUUACAGUGUGGCUGCACUUGACUAUAGCUAACAAUUAGCAUACGCUGUUAAUGUUGUUCUUGCAUACUGUUAGACUGUCCAGUUAUGGGCUCUUUAACAAGCGUAAAGUACCGUAGCUGUGGAGAGUCGCCACAGGUCAAAUGUGUUAGUAUCAGAUUUUCCUUGUCAUGCCCUACAAAUGCGACCAGCACGCGCUCAUAUUUCAUUUUUCUUUGCUCUGUUUUCUUCAUAAAAACUCGGGGUCUUCAUACCAAAAUGAUUUUUGUGCCCAUUUCUUUAAGUGAUUGGAUUAUGGACAGCAUUAGACCUCUAAAGACAAAAGUCCUUUUAGAAUGCUUCAGUUCUGUUGCUUUGUUACACGCCCUUUUAUAUUUCAGGGGAAAAAACACUGUAUUUUGUAAAAUAACCACCUGGAGUUGCAGCAGCUCUGUUAGAGUCAUAAAAUUCUUUUAGCUGCCUGGUGUUUAAUUUGGCAACAAUGUACAAAUUCUCUAAGUAUAGCACUGAAUUUUUGGUAUGAGUUAAGUAUAAGUAUGAUGCUUCUGGUUUUAGGGACUAAUUGUAUUUGGAUUUUACUGACUUCAGUGGAAGCAGAGUUAAGGUAUUAGGUCACACUUCAGCCAGAGAGAUGUUUUUGUAUUGGAGUUGGGUUUGAUUUUUGAAAAUUCCCCACCCCGAUUUGUGGAGCAAGCAGGUAAAAUUUAGUUUAUUCCCUCCUUCUCCCCCCCUCCACCCCCCAGCUUUGUUGAGAUUUAAUUGUUCUCUUUUUUCUGCUUUGAUUUAUGCAGUUUACAUUUUUGAAUGAGGUGAAGAAGAUAGAGUUGUAGCUAGUCAUGGUAGCAGUGAUACUAGAUUGCUCCAGUUUAAGAAAACAGGAUACCUAAGAGUCCUUUCUCAAGUCAAGAUUAUUAUUAGGGUGUAUGUUUUGAUAGUUGGUAAUGAAUCUUUAAUGCUUUAAAAUCCCAAAUUGAUAGUCUAGUACAACACAGAUUUAAGAAUUGCAAUUACUUCUGUAUUCUGUAUAAAUAACUGGAGGCUUCUGGUGAGUCCACCUUCUUGAUUCCCAGAAGAGAGGCCAGCAACAGAGUAAACUUUUUUUUUCUGGUUGUAGGUUUGCUAUCUCUGCUUUUCUUCUGCCUCCACAGGGUCCCUCUGGCAAUUAAGUUAGUCUGAUGGUAUCUAUAUAAACUAAAACUAAGAAAUGGGUAUUAGUUUGUCAUUAUUUUUAUUAGAAGAGCAUACGGGGAGGUUGUCUGGGUUUGUGGUGCUUGUCUUGCUGUGGCCUAUUCAGGACUGUGUGUAAGACAAACUACUAGUUCCCAAACUACUGCUGCUAUUGGUUGUUUCUUACUUCCAGACUUCUUCUUUGCUGUUGGUAUUUACCACCACUACUAAUCUUUUUUGUCUGUACCUGGAUAUGUAUAAUUUGGAAAUGAUUUGCCUUACAGCUUGGAAACUGACACUCUAGUCUUCUUAAUAAGUCUCUUCUUACUAUUCCUGGUACCUUUUCUUUUUGGUGAAGUAAACGAAUAGUAGAAGAUGGAGAUUAUGCGAGUGGGAGGCUUUGUUGAGGUACUUGCUGGCCAUUUAGCCUUUACUGCCUUUUCGGAGAAGUGUGGAGAUACUCCAAAAUUUUGUGGAAAGCUUCCUAGCUUUAGGCCUAUGCACUUUUCCAGAAGUGGCCAUGAGCACAGCUUCCUGGGAUUAUGUUUGGUCUGCUGCCCAGGCCUUUUCCCAUUCUGUUUGGGGAAAUACGGAAGGAAAGGGGAGCUACGAGAAGGAAGGAAACACUGAGCCACAGGAAACCCUACUUCCAGUGGACAGGAUCACUCCUCUGUGGCUCCUGAGGUCGGAGGGGAGUGAGCCUGAGGGGCCAGGAGCCUGUCUUUGCCUAAAGCGUGUUUCCCUUUUCCCCAUCUGCUCCUCACACACGCUGUCAGCUUUCAAUGCUGAGACUUGUGGCAGAAUUGGCUUGUUCUUGGCCCGCUCUGGUAGCCAUCCUUCUACCCUUGUAUGUUUUAAUUGUAUGGAAUCAAGCUGUGUACCAGCUUGAGGGGCUAGAAAAGGGCUUGGGAACAGCUGGUUCAAACCAACAGGGUAUGGUCCUCCCUCUUGGAUCUCGCCUCUCCGCUGCUGUCUGUAAGGGAAGAGAAUGAAGUAGGGUUUAAGCUCAGCUUUUCUAGACUUAGAAAAUGACAAAUGGCAAGGAGUACUUAGCAUAAAACCUUCAUUGAACUGUUUGGGGUUUUUAAAUCUGUUCUUCCUCAAGUGACAGCAUUCACCUUUGCUCAGUAUGAUUUUCUCAGAUACACAAUUUCUAUUAGGUCAUAGCUCUAAUUCUGUAAGUUGGAUUUUUUUGUUUAAAUGCUGUAAAGAUUAUGCAACAAACAGACCUUAAGCCUAUAUGUAUUUUUUUUUUUAAAGUUACAUUGUUACCUGCUCUGAAAGCUGUUGUGGGGUUUUUGGGGGUUGUUUUUUUAUGUUUUUUUUUUUUCUUCCAUUCUCUGUUUGGGAGCUGUGUGGUCAAAAUGCUGCAUGUUGGAGAAACCCAAAGCAGUAGGGUUGGGGAUUUUUUGUUCUUUGUGUCUUUGUUACUUUGUCAGUGUACAUGAUCAUAAUUGUAAAACUAAAUUUUAAGUUCUGCUUCGUGGCCACAGUCUUCUAUAGUUUGUUUGGUUUUUUUUCUAAUGGAGUCAUUGAAGUGGAAAAAAUUGAGUUCCUGAUUAUUUAACUCUUUGCUGUUGUAGAUUAUAUUGAACAAGAACAGGGAAUAGUGCACAUCAGUGAAUAUGAGAGCAGUUGACUUUGGAAUAUAUAUUUUUAUUAUUAUUUUGAAAUAGGUGCAUUUGCAUUUAGGCUACUGAAGAGAUGGGUGUGGUUCUGCUUCCAUUGAAGCCAGCAGCUUUAACAGAUUUUUGUCUUUUUCUGGCUUUGUUGCUUUACUGGCAUGAUAUCUCGAGUUAGGUAGGCUCUUUGUAAGUACAAGCUUAGUAGUUCACCUUGAACAUUUGUUAUCAAGAAACUCCAGAAGGAUGUGUUCCCAACCUUUUUUUAUAAGGUUUCUCACUACACUGACAACUUGGAAUUAGCAGGAUAAUUUUGCUUUCUUUUAAGCAAAAGCUGAGGAAUGUACCUACUGCAGAAACUUUGGCUGAAUUGAAUUUGUAGGUUUCUGAGAAUUUUGCACCUUGUUUUAUCCUGAUCUGCUUCGAUGGAAAUAUAGCCUUAACCAUACUAAGACCUUGAUUUAUUUCCUGUGCAGUUUAUCCAUCUCAGUCACCAGCACUUUUUUGUUUUGUAGAACAUUAUAGAAAAAUCAGGCAUCUCUUAUUUUUUGGUAGAUACUGCUUUCUAAUUUGUUUUUUUUAAAAAAUAACAACUUUGCCUAUCAAUUUUAUCAGUUAUAUAGAAUGGAAGUUCCUUAUUUUUUUCAUUAGCAAUACUGUAAUCAAAGGUGCAAAAAAAAAAAAAAAGCAUUUAAUGUAUGUAGUCUGUGCUGUUAGAGACUGUAAAUGUAUCAGGUUAGGAGCAACUUAAAAAUAUUGAGGAACUGGAGCUAUAAAACCUCUUUGCUUGUUUGCCAAAUGAGCUUUAAAAAGGAAAAUAUUUACAUAUAGUGUAUAAAAAAGCUUGUUAGAGAGAAAGAGUAAAUCACAGUCAACUGAAAAUCAUUGCCAGACAAAGAUUGCUUUACAUUUUUUUACUGUAUAAAAUACAACCAAUUUAAAACUUGUUUAUGCACAGUAAUAACUUAAUGAGCAUAGUUUUUUCACAGAAUUAGGCUAUUUCCAAUAUAUAUGGGAAAAAUAAGUUUCCUUUUAUUUUUUAUGACAGAUAUACAAAGAUUAAUAGUGUCUAUAUUUUAAUAUGCUAUCUGGUGUCUGAAGUAUAUCUUUUACAUGUUUGUUGGUUAAACUCAUUUACUUAAAGUAGCAAAUUUUACACUGCUAGUGAAACAUUACUGAAGGAAGAUUUUGUGAGUUGAUCCAUUCAGUAAGCCCAACAGAAAUAUGUGAAAGUAUAAUUUAGCUUAAAAAAAAAAGUCAAUUGUUGAUUAUACAAGAUUUUAAUCAUUAAUCAGUUUAGGCUUAUUUAAAUAUUUCUGUAAAACAACUGUGGAUGUUUGAAUGAACGCUGCAAAAAUCUUACUUCUACCUCUUGUGUAACAUUCUUAAAAUUAUACUUUGCAGAUCUCUUUGGGAUGUACUUUGAUAUUACAGGGCGUUGGCACACCUUAACUUGUGAACUUCAUCUGCUUUUCCUUUUUUUCUGUUAGUCAUUUUUUUGUGGAACACCAGGAUGCCUUCUGGCUGGGGCUAGGUUACGUUCACUUGUGUAAAGUAGCUUCAGGCAAACUGUGCACACUAACACGUGGUUUCUAUUAAGCAAAAGGUACAUCGGUCAAAAGAGAUUAUAAGGUUUGUGUUACAUGUAUGAACGUCUCAGAAAGAUGAGAAUUCUGUAAUAAAUCAUGGCCAGUGUAAUUUUCUAGUAUUUUUAUGUAUGUGAUUGAUUCCUUUUAUUUAAAUAAUCAACUGUGUUGUAUGUAUGUCCCUAAUAAAUAGUUACAGCUUCUUGAUUUGUUCAGUUCAACUCACACUACUUAUCAGCUGCUGUUCUCCAUGUGAGAUUAAUUUGGUUUUGGUAAUUCUGCCUUGAAAAGAUAUUAUGUGUUCUGCUUUAACACAGUUACAAAAAUUAAAAUUCUUCAUGUUUUA